CCUCAAUCUCGGUUUUGAACUGUGCAGUGAGCAAGACGCACCAUGGCACGCUAACUUCAGAACGCACUUUGGAACGCUUCGGAUCGCCUUUCCUGGAUAUACAGCUGCUUUGAUUCCUUUCCUCGAGUCCGCUACGACUUCAUAAAACUGCUGGAUUGAACUGAAGCCACUCUGUCUCUGUUAAAACAAAAACCAAAAACAAACAAACACUCAAAAAAAAAAAAAAAAAAAAAAACAAAGACGGUGCUCUUCCUCGUUCUAUUUUAGCAAGAAAAAAAAACUAUAACUACACAGGUGACAACAGUAUUACUUUAUGCAAGGUUGUGACGCGACGUGGUAUCUUACCCAACUGCUCUGAAUCAAACCGAGUUGUAUGUAUAUGUAGAUAUAUAAAGACUUCUUGUUGGUGUUUAGUAGGGCAACACGUCAUUGUGCAUGUAUGCUGGCGGGGUAGUAAAUGCUUGUUAGAGUGCUCGGGAGAGGACAAGUCUUCUGACUAUAUCUUGUUAUGGAUAUUGCAACAGGUCCCGAGUCCUUGGAAAGGUGCUUUUCACGCAGAGCGCGCUCAGACUGCUGGAAGAUGCUGGACGGCAUUAAAAUGGAAGACCAUGCUCUACGUUCGGGACCCGCCACUCUAGGCGUGCUGCUCGGGUCAGACUGCCAUCCCCAGUCAGUGUGUGAGGGCUGCCAGCGGCCGAUCUCGGAUCGCUUUCUGAUGAGGGUGAAUGCAUCUUCAUGGCAUGAGGAGUGUUUGCAGUGCGCGGUGUGUCAACAAUCCCUCACCACCAGCUGUUACUUCCGGGAUCGAAAACUGUACUGCAAGCACGACUACCAACAGCUGUUUUCCACCAAGUGCAGCGGUUGCUUGGAGAAGAUCGCUCCGACCGAGUUCGUGAUGAGAGCGCUGGAGUGCGUCUAUCACCUAGGCUGCUUCUGCUGCUGCGUUUGUGAGCGGCAGCUCCGGAAAGGGGACGAGUUCGUCCUGAAAGAGGGGCAGCUGCUCUGUAAAAGCGACUACGAGAAAGAGAAGGACUUGCUGAGCUCCGUGAGCCCGGACGACUCCGAUUCAGUUAAAAGCGAAGAUGAAGAUCUGGAUAUAAAGCCAGGCAAGGGAUCAGGAGGUCACGGAAAGGGUAGCGACGAUGGCAAAGACCCAAGGAGACCAAAACGACCCAGGACGAUACUGACAACGCAGCAGAGGAGGGCUUUCAAAGCCUCGUUCGAAGUGUCUUCUAAACCCUGCAGAAAGGUUAGGGAAACUCUGGCAGCUGAAACUGGCCUCAGCGUUCGUGUGGUUCAAGUUUGGUUUCAGAAUCAGAGAGCAAAGAUGAAGAAGUUGGCAAGGAGGCAGCAGCAACAGCAAGAGCAGCAAAACUCCCAGAGACUGGGUCAAGAAGUAAUGUCCAAUAGGAUGGAGGGGAUGAUGAGCUCCUACACGCCUCUGGCACCCACUCAGCAGCAGCUUGUAGUAAUGGACCAGAACGGGUACAGCACCGACCCGUUUCAGCAAGGGCUGACUCCUCCGCAGAUGCCGGGGGACCACAUGAACCCAUAUGGGAACGAUUCGAUUUUCCAUGACAUCGACAGUGACACGUCCCUAACCAGUCUGAGUGACUGCUUCCUCGCUUCCUCCGAGGCAAACUCCAUGCAGGCGAGAGUGGGGAACCCGAUCGACCGGCUGUACUCCAUGCAGAACUCGUACUUCGCUUCAUGAGAAACAGGAGGGCCAAACCCGCUGUGACUCUUCAGUGAUGAAAAAGAAAAAAAAUGUACAGCCAGAUAUUUUUCAAGCUUUGCCUCAUUAAAGAAAACUAACCCUAACCUCUUCCACUGGGUCCUUGGCAAAGAGGAAUUUUCCAAGAAGACUUUAAACGUGACGCCGCAUCAGCUUCCUCUGAACAGGACAGGAGCCAAGAAGCACGGGUGUUUUAAACUACAGCAGCUUUCAAACAAACAAAAACACGUUUUUAUAGAAUCUCAUCUCUGUAUGACAUUUGUAUAUGACUCUCUGAAAACUAGGAUUUCUUCCUCUCCUUGAGCGACACAAAAAUACAAGCCACUGAUUUUUAAACAUCAGUUGACCAAAUAACGUAUUCGAAGGUCAGGGCAGGGAUUGGAUUCCCCCGCCUUUUUGCAUGACACCAUCUUUAUUAACAAAAACAAAAUCAUAAAACAAACAAAACCUAUUAACUUGUGAAAUGUUGCAAUGUAAACGUGGUGAUUGGACUUCAUGUUUUCUUUAUUAUGUUCGGCAUAAACAUUUUUAGAUCACCUUGUUAGUUUUUAGCCCUUAAAAUGUGUGGUAUUUAAAAAAAAAAAAAUAAAAAAAAAAAGGUAAGAGAACUAAUUUUGGAGGUCAUUGGUGUACGGUUCAAUGUAUUUAAGUGGAAACGUUUCCAACGUUGCUGUGCGUGUUAAUAUUGGAGGCUUUCUGUUUAUUUAGCUACAACACAUGCCCAAAGGUGCUUCAAAAGAUUUUAAAAAAAGCUUUAUUUAAUAUGAAUAAUAAUAAUAAUAAUAAUAAUAAUAAUAAAAUCCCAAUGUAAAGUAGUAAACAUAUUAUCUUUUAACUUGUAUGUCAAUUGAUUAUGAAAUUAAAACUAGUGUUUUGUUUUUUUUAAAGACUAGGCUGUAAAUCAGCGUAAUUGUGCUAUUUAUUUGUUACAAGCUCACUGAGACAUUGUUAAGAAUGCAUUUUUAAUGCGAGAAUUUGCUAAAUUACCAAAGUUUUGUUGGUACCAAUAAAUAAACUCUUAAAGACUAAAUGACCCCCCCUU